CCACAGCCUGCUGCUCUUGUGCUCCUUGUUAUUGAUGACGAUAUGGUGGAGCGAGGGUCGGGACUGGAAGUGAAUACAGCUGUUGACUACUCGUGGGGUCAGAAGGAAGUGAAUACAGCUGUUGACUACUCGUGGGGUCAGAAGGAAGUGAAUACAGUUGUUGACUACUCGUGGGGUCAGAAGGAAGUGAAUACAGCUGUUGACUACUCGUGGGGUCAGAAGGAAGUGAAUACAGCUGUUGAGUACUCGUGGGGUCAGAAGGAAGUGAAUACAGCUGCUGUCUACUCGUGGGGUCAGAAGGAAGUGAAUACAGCUGCUGUCUACUCGUGGGGUCAGAAGGAAGUGAAUACAGCUGCUGUCUACUCGUGGGGUCAGAAGGAAGUGAAUACAGCUGCUGUCUACUCGUGGGGUCAGAAGGAAGUGAAUACAGCUGCUGUCUACUCGUGGGGUCAGAAGGUGACAACAACGCCGAAUGGUGACCAGGCGGAAGUGGCAAAGUUGUUGAGAUCGUCGUUUGAAUGUGCAAGACCUCUCUGUCCACUGCCGUCUGACUUAACGGCUUGUACACAUAUGUGCUCUCUGUCCAUCUGUCAAUCCACCCGUUACUCAAAGACCCAAGGGACGUCCGCUGUGCAGGUAGUGAGGAGGCGGGUGCACACAGCACCUUGCACACCAAGGUACCUGACACCACACGGGUGGACACAGCACCUUGCACACCAAGGUACCCGACACCACACGGGUGGACACAGCACACCAUGGUACCCGACACCACACGGGUGGACACAGCACACCAUGGUACCCGACACCACACGGGUGGACACAGCACACCAUGGUACCCGACACCACACGGGUACACACAGCCGUUCCUGAGCUCCACUUUGUCUUUCAUGUGGUCUGCGCUUUACUAACACGUGUGGCAGGUGGUGGGGAGGAUGUGCUCCAUGUUCCCCAUUCCCCAUGUUGUACAUUCCCCGCCUGCCACCCGCUCCCACAGGUUGGGGCAGCCAUGAUGGUGGUGAGGGUGGAAGCAAACUAUGGAGGCGCCGCACUUGUCAGGUCAAACCACUCACGUGCUCCGUGUGUCGGGCCCUUAGAACCUCGUAGCCAAGACAUGGUGCACCGAGUGCAGUCUGCUGCCGCACGUGCUGCACGUGCUUGUGACGUGUGUGUGUGUGUGUGUGUGACGUGUGCACGGCUGAGUAAUACGUCACCUACAGAUACAAACAAGAUCACCUGUGAGUACACACACACGUGUACACAGGUCCCUGACGUAUACCCUGGGUUAACGUAUGUGACAGGUCGAACUGUGACGGCGGCCACAACGUGCGGCAAACGUAGCGAAGACGUAAAACAGGAAAACGUAGUUCAGCGCAUUGACAGAUGAUGGACGGUGCUAUCGCUGUAAGACAGUGCUACCUGUAACAGUGGUCUGUAAGACAGUGCUACCUGUAACAGUGGUCUGUAACACUAGUACCUGUAACACAGUACUCGCUGUAAUAUACUGCUGUCUGUAACAGUCACGUGGUCAGUACUCAGUUGUGUGCUGUGUAUAUAUAUAUUGCAGUCUAUGUCGACCUGCACAUUUACCGCUAUAUAUAUACAUGCCAGGUGUUUAUAUUUAACUGUGCCACGUGACAGAUGUGUAAGUCAGCGUGUGGAUAGUGAUUGUAUAUAUAUAUUGUAGUGUAUAUGGUGUACGAUGGUUGAUGUGCCGCUCUGGAGGUGUAAAUGUGACAGAGUAUAUUUACUUGUGAUAUAC